AUGACAGAUUCACAUUAUAAGACAUUAGGAGUUACUGAAAACGCAACCUCCACUGAAAUUCGUAAGGCUUAUUACAAAUUGGCCCAAACUUAUCACCCUGAUAAGAACCCCAAUGGAACCGAAAAGUUCAAAGAAAUUUCCAACGCGUAUGAGAAUUUAUCUGAUCCCGACAAAAAAAGGGUUUAUGAUUUGAAAAGAAAACGCGAGACGAAUUUCGACUUCGAAAGCUUUUACGCAAGCAAUCGACCUUCUUCCUCAAGACCAGGCCGUAGAGCACCAACUCCACCGGCUCCUCCAACUCCACCAGCCCCACAAACUCCACCACGACCAUUCAGUCCUCCUCCACCACCACCUAAUCGCGCAGACUACCACAUCCGUACCACAGCGGUAGUUUCUUUAAAAGAAGCAUAUAUCGGCGUGAGUGCUUUCAAGGUUUACUACAACCUGAAGGUGAACUGCCAAACAUGUCAUGGUAAUGAUGAUACUACUCUCUUUUCUGAGGCUUGUGUUACUUGCAAUGGUAAUGGAUAUGUCCAGACCCGAUUGAGUGACAACAGAAAGAAAGCAUCUGUUACGUGCUCUAACUGUGAUGGAGUACGUGUAAAAACUUACAAAAAAAAAUGUCAGACAUGUCUUGGCGCAAAAGCUACUCGUGUAAGUGUGCUGAUUCCGAUUAAAAAAGGCAUCCAAUCCGGCCACACGUUCCAAGUAAAGAACCAUGGCAAUGUUAUGCCCGACAACGUCACAAAGGGCGACUUGAUUAUUAAGGUGACUGUCGAUGAUGAAUGGGGCUGUUUCACGCGUCAAAAAAGUACCUUACAUGCUUCCGUGGACAUCAAACUACGAGAUGCUCUAAUGGGAGUUAAUCGAAAGGGAAAUUUUAUUAAGCAUAUGGAUGGCCGCCGGUUAAAGAUCCAACAAGCCACCGGCACAGUAAUCAAACCUGGUAUGACUAUCAUUCAGAAAGGUGAAGGUAUGCCCGUAUACAAUGAUACGAGUGACAACAAGGGUGAUCUUAUCGUUAAAUUUAAUGUGAUCUUCCCUGACCAAAUCAACAUUCCCAAGGAUCCAUACGUUCGAGAUGGAAUUGAUCUUAUGUUUGAAACAGAAGAAGAACGUGUGAUUCGAGAGAACACAAUUGUUAUCGAAGACGACGAUGACCAAGAUGACAAUGUUAGUUCACGAGAGGGAGAGAACAAGAAAGAAGGGGACGUGUCUGAAGAUACUACCGACGGCGCUCAGAAGGAGGCCCAUAUUAUAGGAGAUGACGAUGAAGAUAAAAACGUAUCAAAUUCUGCAAAGGAUUCUUAUGAUAAUUAA